CGGCGUUCAGUUCUCUUGUUUGUUCUGUUGAUCCUCAAAGGGCUGUGGCUGUCUGAUCUGUGACUUAAUCGGGAGCCGCCUUUCCCCGCCAGUCCUUCUUCGUUAGAGCCUAUCGGCAGGAAGAGUACCUAUACCUACGCUGUCUACGAGCUGGGUUAUCAGCACUUUCAAGCCUCGGUUGGCCCAACGUGCUGUUCUUUUCUUUUCCCACGUUUCGCGGCCUCAAAUAGGACUUUUUUCUUGAUCUCUCAUAUUAGAUUCCUCGAUUGUACUAUCCGUAUCGCAUUUUGCAGGAAUUAUUGUCAUCAAUACUUUCCACGAUCUUUACAGCGUUUUGUAUAGCUCUGGUGUCGGGCACUCUCCAACACCAUGGAUACUCUAUUGACGGCGGAUAUUGUCGUCAACUCCCCACGGUUCCGGCGAAAGUCGUCAACAUUUGUCGAUGCCAUCCAUGAUUUACCAGAGAAGGCAGACCUUGCGCCGGCUCAGUUGUACAGCACUGAGUCAGGUAGACUCUUCCACUCUGGACGGAUUGUCAUCAUCACCGUAGGCCUCCCUGCGAGGGGCAAGACGUGCGUUGAACCACCUAGUCACAUGUCUGUGGCGAUGGCACGUUACCUUCGAUGGCUAGGAGUCAAAACCAGGAUCUUCCACCUGGGAGACUACCGACGUGCUACUAUUCCUCACGGGCAGGACAUACCGGAUGAUUACUUUUUUGUCAACGCAUCUGCCUCUUCUGUUCUGCUCAGGCAGAAAAUCGUGAAACGAUGUCGUGAGGAUAUAUAUCAGUUCCUGAAUGAGGAGAACGGCCAGAUUGCUAUUUACGAUGCUGUGAACCCAUCAGCAGCUGGACGGCGGUCCCUAGCAAAUGAAUUUGCGAAACAUGAUAUCGAGACGUUGUUCAUUGAGUCAUGGUGCGAUGACUACCGGAUCAUUGAGGAAAACGUCCGCAGGGUUAAGAUUUCAUCGCCGGAUGUUAGUGUAUCCUGUGGAUUUGCAUUCGCUUCAAUCGACACUAACUGCCGUCAGUAUGUGGGUUGGUCAUCCGAGGAUGCCGUCAAACAUUAUCUAGCUCGGAUAUCCGCCCGAAUCCCUCAGUUUCAUACAAUGGAAGAGAAAGACCUCAAUUAUAUAAAAAUGAUUAAUGCGGGAGAAAGGCUGAUUGUUAACAACAAAAGUUUCGGUUAUCUGUCGAAUCGGAUAGUGUUCUAUCUCCUUAACCUUCACAUAAAGACCAGACGCACGUAUUUUGCUCGGGCGGGCGUCUCAGUGGAACCGAAUUCCUACAAGGCGGAUGGCCCUCUAUCCGAACAAGGUCGAGAUUACGCCAAGAAGAUGACUGAAACUUUGCUGAAGGACAGGGAGUCCGAGAAGCAGGCGAUGAUCGACCGAGGAGAGACUGAUUACGAGCUCAAGCCUUUGACGGUAUGGACAUCAACGAGACGUCGUACAGUCGAGACUGCAAAGUAUUUGCAUGAAAAGGGGUACAAAGUCCGGCAGAGAUCACAACUGAGCCAGCUAAACCCUGGUGUCUGCGAACUGAAGUCAGAGAGAAGAAUUAGAGAAGAGUAUCCAGAUGAAGUGGCUAAACAUGAACUUGACCCUUAUCAUCACAGAUACCCCCGGGCCGAAUCAUACCACGAUCUUGCAGUGCGACUCGAGCCUAUAAUUUUGGAGCUGGAACGGGAGCAAAAUGAUCUGCUAAUAAUUGCCCAUGAAAGCGUGCUUAGGGUUUUGUAUGGCUAUCUCAUGGCGUGCAAUGCUGCAGAUAUCCCGUUCCUGGAAUUCCCACGUGAUGAAAUAAUAGAGAUAAUACCCGAGAGUUACCAGAAUGAGGCGCGCAGAAUCCAGAUUCCUGACCUCCCAGAAGAGAUCAUUCCCGGUUCGCCCGAAGACAUAAAGAUUCCGGUACCCUCGAGUGGACUCAACACCCCGUCAGUCCAGGGCAUAGGAUCGCCGAAUGACGGCGUAUUAACACCGCAGGGCGGUAUACGAACUCCUCGCGAGCCCGAGAGGAUUUCACAGCAGCAUGUGGAAGACGUCGUUUAA